UUGCAUUAGUAAUGAGCAUAUCCUUCUGUCACAAGGGCUUUCAGAUUACUCCUGUCUCACCAUCAAGGAGGAUAUAUGCGUAGAUGUGCGUAUUAUGAGACAUCGUGAAUCGCCAAAAUACAGCAAAUAUUCCGUUCGAACCAUCAUCUAACCAAAGUCUCUGCUCUAGCUUUGUUUUGGCUCCAUCUUGGGCACUUCCAGCUUUCCAGCUUUCUCAGGGCAUAUCCAUCUGACAAACAAUAUCCACUGAAACCAAAGUCUUUUCGCAGAUGGCUUCAGAUCUUGACUAUCCUCCGCAGCAGGUGGAGUCCGCUAUAACCGACAGAUUGGUCGAAGUGGCCAAGGACUGGUCCCUUGCCCAUGGUCUUUGUGUCAGACCACCGCCAACGGUUAUCCCUGCCCAAGCACACCCAGGAAAUAUACUUGCGACGCCUGUACCGGUCACUCUAUUCCCAAGUCCGUUCCCCGAAUCAUGUUUCAAGCAGGGCCUGGCGGUACAGAGGGCAUACAACGAGCUGUACGCCUCGAUCAGUCAGGAUGAGGAGUUCUUGACUGAGAUGGUAAAACAAAUUGGGAAUAGCGAUGACUUUAUACAAAAGCUGUGGGAUGUCCAUCUCCGGGUAAAGGCGGAAGGAUAUGUUCAAAGCAUAUCACUUGGCCUCUUCAGAUCUGAUUAUAUGGUUCACCAAGGAAGCGCUGCAUCGAGUCCGGGGAUCAAGCAAGUCGAGUUCAACACGAUUGCUUCUUCGUUCGGGGGCCUCUCCUCCCAGACUACUGCUUUACACAAGUUUCUAAACAAACAGGAAUACGGCUAUCUGGGCCGGUCAAGCACAAGCUCUAGUCUCAAUCUCCCAGAGAACACAUGCACCAGAGGCCUUGCGGCCGGUAUCCGUGAAGCCUUCAAGGUCUACGGCCCGUCCAAAUCUAGCAACGCCAUUCCCAAAUGUGUGAUAUUCCUUACGCAAGGAGGCGAAAGGAAUAUCUUUGACCAACGGCACCUGGAGUACGAGCUGCAAGCCCAGGCUUCCGACGACCGCAUGCCAAUCUUCCGCCUUCCCUUUUCCGAAAUAGGUGACCGAACCUCUCUGACCGAGGGUGACAAGCGUGUACUUCAAUACCGCCCACCGCACCGGGAAUCAGACACUUAUGAAGUCGCUGUGGUGUACAUGCGCUCCGGAUACGGACCCGAUGACUACAGCGGAGAUUCCGCCUGGAACGACCGAUACCAGAUCGAGCGCUCAGCAGCCAUCAAGUGCCCUUCAGUACUGACCCAAAUAGCCGGGACCAAGAAGGUGCAACAAGUCCUCGCCACACCAGCCUCAGCCGACUCCGAGCCACCCACAUUGCACCGCUUCCUCAAGCCCGACGCAGCUUCCAACACCAAGGCCGUGGCGGACAUCGAACGCACCUUCACCAACAUCUACCCCAUGGACACCUCCGCCGCCGGCCAGGUCGCCCGCAAGAUCGCCCUCGACCCGCAGCAGUGCCAGUCGUACGUGCUGAAGCCGCAACGUGAAGGUGGCGGCAACAAUAUCUACCGGUCGACUAUUCCCGAGCACCUCAAAAAGAUACCCGAGAAGAACUGGGACGCUUAUAUCCUCAUGGAGAUCAUUACGCCCCCGCCCGUGUAUAACAUGAUCCUGCGCAAUGGCAAGUUGGAGAAAGGUAAUGUUAUCUGCGAGCUGGGAGUCUACGGAACCUGUAUCUGGGACCAGAACAAAGCAACAGCCGGGGGUGCAAACGCCAUUCUAUGGAAUGAGUCGGAAGGAUAUCUGCUGAGGACCAAGGGGGACAAGAGUGAGGAGGGUGGUGUGGCAGCCGGGUUUGGUUGUAUGGACAGCUGUGCUCUGGUUAAGGAUAUUUAGGGCUAGUAGCGCCAUCUCCCCAGAUGGGACCAGCCCUGAAAAUAACAUAGUGCGAAAACAAAGAUAUCUAGACCUGCUUAGAGUCAUGGUAUUAUUUGAAUACUAGAAUGUAUGCCUCGUGCUGCUU